GGCACAGAUGGCUAUGUCUAUGAACUAAGUUAAGCUGAAGUAUAGCUGAUGAUGCAGAUUUCAGCUAUAUGGAAAUUCUCUGCCCAGUUGAAAUAUAGCAAUCUAACCACCAUGCUACAGUGGUUUCUAAAUCAACAAAGUGGAAGACCAUCUCUGGAUCUCAUUCCAUAAAUUCAAGAUUCUGUUGCUGAACAAAGCACGGGAAAAUAAGUCAAAAGCCAAACAGAUGAAAGGUGCAAAAGAAGGAAACCAAUACUUACCCUCAGGAUAAAUGCAAUUCUUGAGAAAAGAAAGAACUGACUGGGAGAAAAAGAUCAAAUUGCCCCAGGAGGUGGUGGCCUCUAUUUCACUGGAGGUGUUCAAAGAUUGGAUGGUAAUCUAUCAAGGAGGAUCUCAGUAGCAGAUUCCUGCUCUAGAACAGGAGAUUGAAUUGGAUAUACAUCCUUACAUGUUAUUUUCCCUGUUACCUACCCUAGUUACUUCCAAAUUGGAAGAAUACCAAGUUCCAUAAUUCCCAGUCAACAGUUCCUUUGAUUUAGAAUUAUAGAAUCUGCAGUGUGGAAGAUUUCUGACAGAGAAUAAUAAAUUUGCAGGAAAGUUAAACUAUUAUAAUACCAAAUUAUGUGGAGAUCAAAAGAACAGCAAAACUGAACCAAGGAAAGUAUAUAGCUACUUUAGGAAUUGAAUGGUGCAUCCUAAUGUCCUCCUAACUUUUGGCUUGAGAAUGCUUGAUUAAUCAUUCCUGAAGGACACCUCUGCAUGAUGCAGCCUUCCUCUCAUCCCCACUCUAAAGGCCAAUUACUUCAGAACCACAGGAAAGCACUUUCUGUUGCUUACGAGACCCACCAUAAGAUUCAGGAAGGCAUGCAUAGGAGUAGUUUCCAUAGCAACUACGACGUCUUCUCACCAACUCUCCCCCUCCGGAUGGAAUAGAACUCACAACAACUUUACUGAACAUCCCAAGCAGCAAAAGACCUUACCGGACAGGUGGGAGAUGAAACGCGUCUUUGCUCCCAGAUGGCAGAACCAGAACCAGAACCCGAACCCGAGCCGCAGCCCGAGCCGGAGCCGGGGUCAGUAGAAAAACAGGAACAGCCUGAAAACGUUCUGAAUAUUGAAGUGCCUACAUUGCCAGAGUCUAGAAAUGAAACAUCUAGGACUAAUGCCCAACUACUUGAAGUAGUAUUAUCUAUAGAUCAAGCAUCAGAAACUUCCGGGCCAGCUCCAAAAGCUUCAGUGCCACAAAUUGAGACUCAGUCUCCUUCUUCCUCUUUCCAAACUCUUGGAUCUUUGCUGACUCAGAAAAAAGGUUUAGUCAGAUCAGUGGAAGCCAUUGUGCAGGUUCAAGAAACAGCACCAAAAGAGACUGCUCCACCAGCUCAAGUUGCUGAGGAACUUCCUGAGAAUGAGCCAAUACCAACAGUUUAUCUAGAUCCUUUUGAGAUUUCACUUCAAUAUGUGGAGAAGCAUAACAUCCUGCAGAUAUUUCAGGAGAUUACAGAAAAUUUGGUAUAUGAGAAACCUGAGAAUCCAUUAGAGUUUAUAUUAAAUCAGGUCCAGACAAUGAUAAAUCAGAGGAGUCAACCAAAGGAAGAGGAAGAUGAAGAGCAAUAAUAAAUACAGACAACUGAAAAUUUAAGAAUAUAUCUCUGGACAUUCUAAUGAGGGCAACAUAUCCAUGCUACCCAUUUUUAUCCUCUCUGUAUGCAUAGCUUAUAGAGCUAAACAAUAUCCAUUGUAACUGAAUACUUCCCAUGCAGAUGCUAUGUGAAUUACCUAGAAUAACAACAACCACAAAACCAUAAUUGCCUUAGCACAGAUAGCAGAGAAUUUAGGAAACACAUAUUCACAUAAGCUUUGUACUUCCCAUUAGUACUAUUGCACUAAUCUUCUUCAUAGUCUGAAAGGUUGUAUGAUCUUAUGAAAGUAGUUGAUCUGCAGAAUGGGUGAUGUAAAUAAUCUGUUCCUGCCUUCUAUGAGUGGGAAUGUAAAAGCAAACUCCUUUCACAUAAAAAAAAAAAAAACAUUCUAGGAUUUCAGAGGCUAGCCUCACCUUUUGGUGUAAAUUUGACACUUGUAAAGAUGCUUAGGUUUUCUUAGAUAAAUAAGUAUGAAAAUGUGAAGUGCCGUUUGCAGAGUAAAGCAGAGCUCUCCUGAUUUAUAAAUAUAAUUUAUUUUAAUAUCUUUAAGAGAAUGGUUCCCAGACUGUUCAUCAACAUGGAAAGGAUAUGGUUUGGUACUGUUUAAAGAGCCACAUCUUGGUUGCUAACUUACACUAGUUAUGUGUCAUACUAGUUUAAAUAGCAAUUCUUCAUCUUAGCCUAAUUAUGAAUUGGCUGUGGUUAAUAGACAACCCUACCAGGUGAACUCUUCAUAAUUUACAGUGUGAUUGAAAUUAAUAUUGCGUUAAACUUAAAAUCCAGGUGCCAGAAUUUAUUUUUCAUUAUAUUGUUUGGAAACAUUAAUUGCAAUUUCUGAUUGAACUUGUUUGGAAAUGGAGAUAACUGUAAUGAAAGUGAAUAAGAUUAUGAUAUGUAGAAAAGUAAUUCUUUCUUACCCUCUAAUGGCCAUCUGGAAUUUUCCAGCCCAGACUUGGUCGCUCUGGUUUUAUGCUAGCAUCAAAACAAUAAACUCUACCUUUGCUUCCA